GCACUCUAAUAUGCAUGGGACCCAUAUUUUUUAACACCUUGUAUAAUGGAAAGCAAUAAUUGCGUCUAUGGACAAGAUACCUACUCGAAAGUGUCGCCUGGAUAACAUUGCAUCUCUGAGCGCAUCGGUUGCAUUUCUGAGCGCACUUUCUAGGUUCGAAAUGCACGGGUAUGCGUUAGGAUGACGGCCUUCGGAUAUCUCUGGGUCAGUUGGGAAACCCGCAAUCGAUGGGACACGAUCACUUUAUGACACGGAGCUUUGCUCGUGAUCGGAAUUGCUAAUGCCGUUCUCUUGGAACAGCUGUUAGCGUUCCGAGAUGUUUCCUUGAGAUCGAUCGUGAUCCAAAAGCAAAGUCCUAAUUAUAAUCUGAACGAUUCUGCGUAGUCGAGAUAUCGUUAAUAUUCUCGUUUUAUUUGUUGACCCGAUUGAUGAUCUGCGGUAUUAAACGAUUGGGUAUCUCUCGGUUAUCGGGCGAUAAAAACGAACUUAAUCCGUGUAAGUUAGGUCAGAGUGCAUCCUCGGCGACACACGAUAAAUCGUCGGUACAAAACACAAUGAUAGGAUAACCGUGCACUCGCGUUAUCGUAAGAUGCUACCGAUGAGUAACAAUGAAACAAAGGAGCCUGCGAUUAGAUCGCUUUUGUUUCGCGAAACAACGGAACUCGCAGUUUUUCUUCUGCGUGGGUAUGGCACAAACAGUGCUUCAAAUGUCAGGGUUGCGGAAUGAUCCUCAACAUGAGGACGUACAAGGGUUUCAACAAACAGCCAUAUUGUGAAGCACACAUACCGAAGGCAAAGGCCACCACAAUGGCGGAGACACCGGAACUAAAACGCAUCGCGGAGAACACGAAGAUCCAAAGUAACGUCAAGUACCACGCGGAGUUCGAGAAGGCAAAGGGCAAGUUCACCCAAGUGGCCGAUGAUCCGGAGACACUGAGAAUCAAGCAGAACAGCAAGAUCAUCUCGAACGUUGCGUACCAUGGGGAACUUCAGAAGAAGGCGAUCAUGGAGCAGAAGAGGACGAUGACCGGCGAGAACGGUGAACAAAUUGAGUACGUAGAGUACACGGACGGUACAAUCGCGCCUACAUCGGGCGUGAACGCGAACCCACCGGUCGCGAGAACUGCGAAUUCCCCGGUGCAAAGGACACCAGGUAGGAUCGCCGAUUACGAUCCCCUUAGCGAGGCGAGGCCGAGCCCUUAUUCCGCCAGGCAAGCGGCCACUACUGUCAUUUAUACGAGCGACAAGGGACCAGUAACGAAUCCACCUACUAGAAAGAUUGGCUCGGUGGCAGAUAUUGACCCUGUGAACGAAUACUAUGGAUCGUUGACGCCAGCCACGAACAACAAUCACGUUCCACAGCAUCAACCUCCUCCACCACCGCCAGCUAAUGUUGGAAGAGUGUACAGAGCAAUGUACGACUACGAGGCGCAGGACCUCGACGAGGUGAGCUUCUGCGACGGCGAUCUGAUCGUCAACUGCACGGCAAUCGACGAAGGUUGGAUGACGGGGCUGGUUGAACGUACAGGACGACACGGCAUGUUGCCCGCGAACUAUGUCGAGCCGGCGCAAAUUUAAAAUGCUUUCUUCCAUACCCUGCCUGCGCGCCGUCGUCGUGUUCGUUUCACCUCGACUUUGUCUGUUCGGUGGUCAGGCCACUUUUCAUCGAAACGCUUCGAACGAAGAAAGUGGCGCAAAAGGAAAAAGCGACACACUCGAAGAACUCGAUCUAACCCAGAGAACUUCUCGGAGAGAAAAGAAAGGAAGAGACGACGAACGAUUCUUUCCCUUCCAUCGCGUGCAAUUGAUGAAAAAAAGAAUGUCGUUUCAACCGGUUCGCUACUUCGUCCAAAGAUUUAUAUUUCAAAAUAGCAAUCAAAUUUUUGUUUUAAUGAUAAUUAGAAACAGGGAUUGUUUUGUUUGCGUUUGAAUAUUGGCGAUCGUAGCGAAAGGGUUGAACGAACAGGAUGGAUCGACGAGAAAUUCUUCGUUAUCUCGGUACACGGUAAUUUCGGUACCGGCAACGAUGGAUUUAAUGAAAUUCGAACUUAUUAUAAACUUCCACACCGAGUGAGUGCCUUGCAUCGUUUCGCAUUUAAGCAACUAGAAAGUAAUUCCAAGUUGGGACCAAAUUCUACUUCACCUCUUCCACGAGGAAUAUAUUCACUAUCCUUCCACUGAUAACAGUUUUUAUGAAUCUAUCGAUCAAACAUAGCACACCAUUCCGUUGCUUCGACAAUUCCACGAAGUUGUCUUGAUAGUAUGAUAACAAGGACUGGAAGGUUCGACAUUCGUCUUUAUUGAAAUAUUAUUAUUUUCAUUUUAAUAUAAGCAUCUGUAGCAUGGAUCUUCUUUAACUUGUAAGAACACAGUGUUAUUUUUUAGACAGAAAUUUUCUUUUACAUUCAUAUGUUCUUUUCUUUUUAAUUAGAAAUACUCUUUCAGUCUUUGUUCAUCUUCUUGUUGGUGAACUCUUGAAGUUCAUUACAAUAUUUAUUUGUAAAACUGAAUAGUGCUUCCAGUAUCUUGAAUGUUAGGCUCGAACAGUAUAUCCAACGCAUACACGUCUAUUUUAUAUAAUUGUGAUUUUUAAAGGAGAAAAUAACGAUGUGCCUUACACGCGUGUUCACCUUUAAUUAGGACAAUCUUGUGUCGUGAUUUAGAAAAAUGAAUAUACACACGGCGUUCGCGGAAUAAUCGUGAAAGCGAGUCUAGUUAGGAUAACACGACGAGGGAAUGUAAUAUCGUUGAUAAGAAAGUUUUCUUGCCUAGUUGCGAAAGAAAGUAACGAAAAGCAUCGUUGGGAACCUUGAUUGCCCCCUCUUUAAAGUUAAUUAACGACAUUAAUCAACAUUUACCUAAUAGCUGUUAAGUUUUAUCACGCGAGAUUCGUUUAAAUAAUAUGUUUCUUCGACUUUCUACGAUCCUUUCAGUGCUGAAAAUUAUUACAAUUCCUGCAUAAUAGAAAAAGAAGUUAAUCAUAUUUGAAGAUGCUCUUGCAAUUAGCAACUCGUAUUAAUUGAGACUAUGAAAUUGAUUAAGAAGCAUAGUUUGGAAGAUAUAUUUUUAAACGAUCUGCUUUCUUAAUUUCAUACACAUUUUCGUAAAUAGAACAGUACUGAAAGGAUUCGAUAGCUUUUAUAAUAUUCAAUAUGAAAUAUUUCUUCGCGAUUGUCUCGAUCAUCUCGAUAAUUUUAUACCCGCUCGAUGUCCAAUUAAUGUACAGAUAAUAUAGUGAUCGCGGAAAAAUUAAUCGAGAUCGUCGGAUCGCUAUUGCGAAGUAUCUGAAUUCUCUUAUUCGAGUCAUCCAGGUGUAAUUCAUCACCCUUUUUAUAUUUUUGGUAACUACAAUUAUAAUUGAAAGUUUAUCCGGUAGAAAUUGAUUGUUAAAAUUAAAAUUAUUACCUGUCGAGAUUUUUUUACACCUAGAGGCCUGAAUUCAUAAGGAACUGGACCGUGAAAGUUUUAAGAGAAUUUAAACGAACCCUUCCUGUUAUAUUCUUCUAUAUUCUGUGAAAAAAAAAAAGAAAUUUUGAUCGGUUAAAAAUCUGUGGUUCCUCGGAUAUCGUAUCUGAAUACAUUGCAUUUACCUGAGAUGUGUGAACAGUUCUAUUGCGAAAGGGCUGAGGAUAAUAAAUAGUAAUGUUGUUACGUGAAGCAUUCACGCGACGUCGUAGUUCGACUUCGUGAUAAAACCGCGAGAAGAUAUAUUCAUAUUUUUGGAAACAUGUUAGCAUUAUUAUUAUUAUUAUAUUAUUAAUAUUAUUUCUCCUCUUUUUGUAAUUAUUAGAACCGCCAAUAAGAAUUUACGACUCACAAUUGUGAAACAUACAGAAAUAUAUGUUAGCGUUGUUUAAACAGAUAAUAUUAUAUUAUGAUUAACAGAUCAUAAACAAUAUGUUAUGGAAA